GCUGCUGCUGGGAGGACUCUGCUGUGACUGAGACAGCAGAGUAAACUACCAAGUGGGUAUAGGCUAGUUAGCAAGGCAGGUGGUUGUCUAGUCAGCGGUCUUGCAGGGAAUCAGUUUGUGUCGAAUCCUGAGAGAGAAAAGAGAUAACCCUGGCAUGUUCGGGACACAUUGCUUGCGAAAAGUUAAAGGCUAGUAACCGCGAAUAGGUCGGUGUUUGGUUUGUUUUUAGUAGCUAUGUCUAGCUAACGCGGAAGGCGUCUCCACAUUGUAAUCAAUGGUUAGCAUAACGGGCGUAAUACUGCACACAUUUUAAAAGGCAUUCACUCCCGAGUUAAGGAUGUCUAAACGCAUACGAAACACUGAAGUCUGCGCAGACUGCAGUGUUCCAGAACCUCGCUGGGCCUCAGUAAAUAGGGGUGUGUUGAUUUGUGACGAGUGCUGCAGCGUGCAUCGAGGUCUGGGCAGACACAGCUCCCAAGUCCGUCACUUGACACACACACCAUGGCCUCCUACGCAGCUACAGAUGGUUCAGACAUUAUACAGCAAUGGUGCAAAUUCAAUAUGGGAGCACUCGCUUUUGGACCCUGCAUCUGUGAUGAGUGGAAAACGCAAGGCCAACCCUCAGGACAAACUUCACCCAAACAAAUCAGAUUUUAUAAAAGCCAAAUAUCAAAUGCUGGCAUUCGUCCAUCGCAUGCCUUGCCGGGAAGAUGAUAGCUCUGCAGCAAAAGAUUUAAGCAAGCAACUUCACUCGAGCGUGCGCACUGGUAAUCUUGAGACUUGCUUGAGGCUGCUAUCCCUGGGAGCACAAGCUAAUUUCUUUCACCCUGAAAAGGGAAACACUCCGCUGCAUGUAGCUGCAAAGGCAGGACAAGUAUCUCAGGCUGAAUUGUUAACUGUUUAUGGUGCAGAUCCUGGAGCUCCAGACAGCAAUGGAAAAACUCCCAUUGACUAUGCAAGAGAAUCUGGCCACCAUGACCUGGCAGACAGACUGGUGGAGAUUCAGUAUGAACUCACUGACCGACUGGCGUUUUACUUGUGUGGGAGGAAACCAGAUCAUAAAACUGGCCAGCACUUCAUUGUUCCACAAAUGGCUGACAGAAACAUCAGUGUAGAUCUGUCAGAACUUGCAAAAGCAGCAAAGAGGAAACUGCAGUCUCUCAGUAAUCAUUUAUUUGAGGAGCUGGCAAUGGAUGUGUAUGAUGAAGUGGACAGACGAGAGACUGAUGCAGUGUGGUUGGCCACACAAAAUCACAGCACCCUGGUGACAGAGACAACUGUGGUUCCUUUUCUUCCUGUGAAUCCAGAGUAUUCAUCAACACGAAACCAGGGACGACAAAAGCUUGCAAGAUUUAACGCAUACGAAUUCGCAACUUUGGUGAUUGACAUAUUAAGUGAUGCUAAGCGCAGACAACAGGGGAAUUCAUCAGUUAGUCCCAAAGACAAUGUUGAACUUAUACUGAAGAACAUGCCUGUUAGACACUGUAGUGAUAGCCAGGACAAUGACCAGCCCGACUAUGACAGCGUAGCGUCCGAUGAGGACACAGAUCAAGAGCUCCCAUCAAGCAAAGGAGACAGAACAAAGAGCCUGGACUCUGACCAGUCUGAUGGCCCUAUAACUAUGCAAGAAUUCAUUGAAGUGAAGAACGCACUCUCUGCCUCUGAAGCCAAGAUCCAGCAGCUCAUGAAAGCCAACAACAGCCUGAGCGAUGAGCUGAGACUGAUGCAGAAAAAGCUGCAAUCUCUGCAAAGCGAGAACACAUCUCUCAGGCGGCAGGUCACAACCAAUAUCUAUCAGAUCCCCAGCGGUACAGACUACCCUGACCCCUCCAGCCCCUCAGCUCUGAAACGCCGGCAGUCUGCGCGGGCCAGUCGGCCCAUGUCUAUGUAUGAGACCGGCUCAGUCCUGAAGCCUUAUCUCCCCAAAGGGGAAACUCCCUACCCAGAGGAGGGUAUCCCCACCCUGCAAUCCUUCCCACUCCAUACUGAAAGGGGCGUUUUUGUGACCACAUCUUCAUCCCUCCCCUCAUUUCCAUCCACCCUGUCUUGGUCGAAGGAUGACAGUUCACAAAAGGCCUCAAAGUUAGAAAAGCAAAGCAGCAUGCCAGAAAGUGACUAUGACAACACAUUCAAUGACUCUGAGAUGGAUGAUUCCGGUUUCUGCAGACGAGGGAGGCUGCGGAGCAGCGGCUGGAUGGGAGAUGGCAGCUCUAUCCCAGAGCUGGAUGAUCUAGAGAUGGAGUCAGAUCCCACACUUCCCAGCACAGAGGAUGUCAUCCGUAAAACUGAGCAGAUCACCAAGAAUAUUCAGGAGCUCUUGCGAGCUGCUCAGGAUAAUAAACAUGACAGCUUCAUACCCUGCUCAGAAAGAAUACAUGCGGCUGUAACAGAAAUGGCUGCUCUCUUUCCAAAGAAGCCACGCUCGGAGACUGUGAGAGGCGCUCUGCGUUUGCUGACCUCCAGUGCGUGCCGUCUUCAGAGCGAGUGCCGGAAGGCCGUGCCCUCGGAGGGCUGCCCAGGACCGGACAUGCAGCUUGUCACCCAGCAGGUCAUCCAAUGUGCUUAUGACAUUGCCAAGGCCGCCAAGCAGCUUGUCACCAUCACAACAAAGGAGAAUAUUAACUAAACAGCACUUACAGAGCUGUAAAACCAUCAGCAUCUCAAUUUAGUUUUUUACGCAUUUCAGUUUUUAUUUAAAUUUUUUUUUUUGUAUUUGUGAUAUUUGCAUGCAUUGUUUUUUAUUUAUAUAUUGACAGUAUUUAAAGCAAGACUAAACAAAGUCUUGUAUCAAGGGGAAACUCUGCUAGGAUAUAUUAAGUUGUUAUAGAAGCACAAUUUCUCUUGAAAUAAAACAAAGCUUCCAGGAGCCGGUUUGUAAGCUACUCUAUAAAAAGGGUAGUUAGAAGAUAUUUUUAGUAUGUCCAUGGUGUCAGUAAUUGGCAUUGACAAAACGGAUUAAGCACAGCACACUAUGAUAAAGAAUAUUAUCAGUCCAAAGCCACACGUGGAUGCUAACAAACCAUAGAUGAAUGGUCACUGAAUGUUUUACUGAACUCUUGUUGCUAAAAGAGCUUCUUCUCAUUUAUUGCAUCAUCAUACCAUUAAAUUCAUAUAAAAAAUAGACCAUUUAAUUAACUUCCAUCAAGUGUUGGAAUUGUUCAUUCACUCUUUGUAGCUCUGCAAUGCUAAUGUUUGCCACAUUAAACUAUUUAUAUGUUCUGUCCCCUGUCCAAAUGUAACCGUCUGCCGUGCACUAAUAACAGCUAUUUAUGUGUACUCGUCCAGCCAGUGAAUGCAAGUAAGACUUGUUCAGGGGCCAAGCUAUAUUUCUCACCAGCACUAAGGUAUUGUUGCUUCAAGUUACGAUUUGGUGUACUUCGAACAGGCUCCAGAUUGCACAGUAUACUGCCACCAUUUCACUGUCGGUGGUGUUGAAACAUUAGAGCUAAUAGCCAUACUGUAUGUAUGUCUAUGUGUUGUGUGCACUGUUCUGUUGCUGCUAGUUUUGUAUUUAAUGUUGCAACAUAUGGGAUGAAACUCAGUGUUUUCUGUAUUAUUGAGCAACCCACCUUUUAUCUUCAAGUGUUUCAGAAUUUUUCAUUUUGAGAUCUGUUCCAAGCAAUGUCCCUCUCUGUGCUCGACUGGAGUGCAGGGAUAGAUGUGAUGCAGCUGUUCGGCUGCACUUGAGAAAAGUUAUUUUCUAAAUAAACUUAAUUUAUAAACAUGA